GAGAAGGUGUUUGAGCUGCUGACCAACACUCGCACCAAGAUUGAGGGAUUCCAGACACAGAUUUCAAAAUACUACAGUGAGCGGGGUGAUGCAGUGGCCAAGGCCUCCAAACAACCCCAUGUGGGAGAUUACAGGCAGCUUGUUCAUGAGCUGGAUCAGUUUCAGUACAGCGAGCUUCGCAUUGUGGUUCUGGAGAUCCGCAACACAUAUGCUGUGUUGUAUGACAUCAUCCACAAGAACUAUGACAAAAUCAACAAACCCAGGGGAGACUGCAAGGCCCUCAUCUACUGAGACACAGAGGACACACACACACACACACGCAAUGAAACAUACCUUCUUAUGUGUCGUUUUGAGAUGCCAUUUGAUCCUUUUACUUUAGCAGUGAAAAAAUGCUCGCAGUCAUUUUCAGUUUCAGAAACCACUCUUCUGUAUUAGAAUGCUGUUAUGCUAUUUCCAAAAUAAACCGAUUAUCAUAUUA